CAGUCGCUUGUGCUUUCUACUGCCCUCCACUAACUUAUUUCCCUGACAGUUCUAGCCCAGUACGAGACAAUUCUGAAGUGUCCUACGCCUGGCUGCAGCGGCAGAGGUCAUGUCAGCACGAGUCGCACCACUCACAGGUCACUGUCGGGCUGUCCACUGGCAGCUGUCAACAAGCAGGCCGCCCGGGAACAGAAGCACAGAACUCUGCUGGCCCAGACAGCUCUUGGGAUGGCCGGAAGCGGCUUCAAGUCGACCCUGCCGCCGGGACGCCAGGCUGAGAUGGGUGCUAGCGGUGGCUUCGCGCCCCUGGACGCGGAGGGGCGUCGGCUGGCCUCAGACGCCGUACCACUGUUCGCUGGGUUGAGCAACGACUUCGGCGAGCAGAAAACGGUGCAGCGUGUGGCCGAUGAUCAGGUGCUGCUCGAGCCAGACGACCAGGAGAGCUCGCGCACGAUCCUCGAGCUCAAGAAUGACCGUGCGGCACCGGCAGCUCCCGCGCCCACGGCUCCGCCGGUAACGGCUCCGGCUGCGGGAGCCGUGGUGACUCCCGUACCGGUGUGUGCAGCGCCCCCGGCCGUGACAUCAGAGCUGCGACCACAGCUACCGGCCGUGGCGGCCUCCCUGCCGGCCCACCUGACCGUUACCAUGUCGCGGUAUGGCUACUACGGAGACUUCUACAAGCGGCCAGAGCCGGUGCGGCCGGCGGCAGCGGCUCAGUACGACGUGACAGCGCAGCUGGCCGGCCGGACCGCCGUGGCAAGUAUCCACCCGUUCAAAUUCGCCCGUGUCUGUCCGCUGGGCGCUGACAGUCCCGACUGCUGA